UGUACAACAGUGUCUAUGGCGGCGGGUGGCGUGCGGCGAGCCCUCGUGGCGCUGCGCUCCGGUUCCCCGUCUACUAUCUCUGCAACGCUCUCCCGCCAGGCGGCAGCUCGCUCCUCGGAGCUGGCGGGUGCGCCCCUGCCGCGUGCCUCUCGCCGGCGCCUCGGGAUCUCGAGGGUGCCGGUUGUGGCGCUCGGCGGCGUGCAGGGUUCGCUGAUGCCGAUGCACAGCGCCACCGCGUCGGCGCUGCUCACCUCCAUACUCGGGCUUAAGCCUGACUCUUGGGGUGUAGGCUUCUAGCAUCCUGA